AUGAACGAAGUGUUAUUGUCAGUAAAGAAUGCAUCUGGAAGAAAAGUGAGCUUAUUGAAUACGAGUGAUGAAGAGGAAGUAGCUAGUAGACUGUCCACAUCGCCUACAUCACCUACGUCGCCCACUGCGGAUGACUGGCAACAAGAUGCACAGUUAUCGAAAAGGAAAUAUCAUUGUAUAGAACCUGGAUGUCAUAAGAGUUUCACAACAAGUGGGCAUUUAGCUCGACAUAACAGGAUUCACACAGGAGAAAAAAACUUUCCCUGUCUCUUUCCUGGUUGCCAGUCUAGAUUUUCACGUCAAGACAAUAUGAUGCAGCAUUAUAGAACACACAUGUCACCAAAGUCCAGAAGAAGUCAAAAGAGAGGAAUGGGUGUAGAUGAAGUUCGACCCAGACCUCGUCUUCAUGCUCAUCACCGUAUAAAAUCAGACCCAGUUCAAGUAGAACCACCAUUAACCAUUGACCAACAUCUUUCCAACUACCACGAAUCAUUAAGGGCUUCACCAAGUACACCUCAUUUUUCAUCACCAUUACGAUUUGAUUUUCCCGUACCUUUAUCAUCUAUAGCAAGGACCCCUUCUAGCUUGAAAAAGAAAGUACAAGAUACACCUUCACCUACUCUAAGUAACGCAUCAUCUUCAUCUGCUCACCAUAUUAUACAAGAGAGUGGGUCAUCUAGACCAAGUUCACCCGAAAAUAGUGAACAAGUGACACCGAAUCUUAGCCCUUCUAAUUCUUCUACCUCUACCCUUUUUUACCAACAUCGUCCCUUAACUUUCACAAGACCACAAAAUUCAGGUUUCCCGUACACAUUACUUCAUCCUGCACAACAACAAGGGGUAGAGGAAGGUAACGUCACACCAAAUCAAACUAGUGAGAAAUAUCCUAAACAGCAUGAAGAGCCCAAAGAUGAUCCGAUGGAUGAAGACGACGACAAUAAAUCUCCUUCGGGUGGUGGCUUGCAUCAACUAGCUCACAUCGUGUCUACUUUUGGUUAA